AUGCCGAGUGCCGGCGAUGACGCGGGCCGCUACACGUGCGAGGCCGCGAUGUUCGGCAGCCGGGCCCUAAGGAACCCCACGCGGAGCCGCCCUGCGAAGACGGGACCGCGCGCCCGCCCCGCUCCGCCGGCCCGCAGCAGCGCCCCGUGCCCGCCGAGACCGCGGAGGGGGCGUCGGGCGGCCCCCAACCGGCACCCGCUGUUCCCGCAGUACAACUACCAGGCGGAGGUGGCCGAGAACCAGCCCGCGGGCACGGCCGUGGUGGCGGUGGCGGCGCAGGACCCCGACGGGGGCGAGGCGGGGCGGCUGGUGUACUCCAUGGACGCGCUGAUGAACAGCCGCUCGCUGGAGCUCUUCAGCAUCGACCCUCACGCCGGGCUCAUCACCACCACCCAAGCCCUCGACCGCGAGAGCAUGGAGCUGCACUACUUCCGAGUGACGGCCGCCGACCACGGGGCGCCCCGGCUGUCUGCCACCACCAUGGUGGCCAUCGCCGUGGCCGACCGCAACGACCACGACCCGGUGUUCGAGCAGAGCGAGUACCGGGAGACCAUCCGGGAGAACGUGGAGGAGGGCUACCCCAUCUUGCAGCUGCGCGCCACCGACGUCGACUCGCCGCCCAACGCCAACAUCCGCUACCGCUUUGUCAACGAGAGGGCGGCCCACGCCGUCUUUGAGAUCGACCCGCGCUCCGGGCUCAUCACCACCAGCGGGCCGGUGGACAGGGAGAAGAUGGAGAGGUACUCCUUAGUGGUGGAAGCCAACGAUCAGGGCAGGGAACCGGGGCCUCGCUCUGCCACCGUCAAGGUGUACAUCACGGUGCUCGAUGAGAACGAUAACACGCCGCAGUUCAGCGAGAAGCGCUACAUCGUCCAGGUGAGGGAGGACAUACGGCCGCACACCGAAAUCCUGCGCGUCACCGCCACCGAUUUGGACAAGGACAACAACGCGCUCGUCCACUACAACAUCAUCAGUGGGAACAGCCGGGGCCAGUUCUCUAUCGACAGCGUCACUGGGGAGAUCCAGGUGGUUGCCCCGCUGGAUUUUGAGGUGGAGCGCGAGUAUGCCCUGAGGAUCCGGGCACAGGACGCGGGGCGCCCUCCGCUCUCCAACAACACCGGCAUGGCCAGCAUCCAGGUGGUGGACAUCAACGACCAUGCCCCCAUCUUUGUCAGCACCCCUUUCCAAAUCUCCGUUCUGGAGAACGCGCCUCUCGGCCAUUCCGUCAUCCACAUCCAGGCUGUGGAUGCAGACUAUGGUGAGAAUGCACGUCUGGAGUACAAGCUGACCGGGGUCUCGGCCGACACACCCUUUGUGGUGAACAGUGCCACGGGAUGGAUCACGGUCAGCGGGCCUUUGGACCGGGAGUUGGUAGAGCACUAUUUUUUUGGGGUGGAGGCUCGUGAUCAUGGCUCUCCAUCAUUAUCUGCCUCUGCCAGCGUCACCAUCACAGUCAUGGAUGUCAACGACAAUCGCCCCGAGUUCACCCAGAAGGAGUACUUUAUUCGCCUGAAUGAGGACGCGUCUGUGGGGACCAGCGUCCUCAGUGUCACGGCAAUCGAUCGGGAUGUGAACAGUGCCAUCACUUACCAGAUCACAGGAGGCAACACACGGAACCGCUUUGCUAUCAGCACACAGGGUGGAGUGGGGAUCAUCACUCUGUCCCUGCCGCUGGACUACAAGCAGGAGCGGCGCUACGUGCUCACUGUGACGGCCUCCGACCGCACGCUGCGUGACAACUGUCAUGUGCACAUCAACAUCACUGAUGCCAACACGCACAGGCCAGUAUUCCAGAGUGCACACUACUCCGUGAGCAUCAAUGAGGACCGGCCCGUGGGCAGCACUGUGGUGGUGAUCAGUGCCACAGAUGAUGAUGUGGGGGAAAAUGCUCGCAUCACGUACUACCUAGAAGACAACGUCCCUCAGUUUCGCAUCGAUCCAGACUCUGGGGCCAUCACUCUCCAGGCAGAACUGGAUUAUGAGGACCAGGUCACCUACACGUUGGCUAUCACAGCCAAAGACAACGGGAUCCCCCAGAAAGCAGACACUACCUACGUUGAAAUCAUGGUGAAUGAUGUUAAUGAUAAUGCGCCCCAGUUUGUCAGCACUCAUUACCAGGGUGUGAUUUCUGAGGAUGCACCUCCUUUCACCAGCGUGCUCCAGAUCUCUGCCACCGACCGGGAUGCCCACACCAAUGGGAGAGUACAGUACACCUUCCAGAACGGGGAGGAUGGGGAUGGAGACUUCACCAUAGAACCCACCUCAGGGAUCAUUCGCACUGUCCGCAGGCUGGACCGGGAGAAUGUCCCAGUCUAUGAGUUGACUGCAUAUGCUGUGGACAGGGGCAUCCCUGCUCAGCGAACUCCUGUCCAUAUCCAAGUGACCAUUCAGGAUGUGAACGACAAUGCUCCUGUCUUUCCAGCUGAGGAAUUUGAGGUCUUGGUAAAAGAGAACAGCAUUGUAGGCUCUGUUGUGGCUCAAAUCACAGCCAUUGACCCAGAUGAGGGACCCAACGCCCAGAUAAUGUAUCAAAUUGUGGAAGGCAACAUCCCCGAGAUAUUCCAGAUGGACAUCUUCUCUGGAGAGCUCACGGCCUUGAUAGACCUGGAUUAUGAGACAAAACCGGAGUAUGUGAUUGUAGUGCAGGCCACCUCUGCCCCUUUGGUCAGCAGAGCCACGGUACACAUCAAACUCAUUGACCAGAACGACAACAGCCCUGUUCUCAAGAACUUCCAGAUCCUAUUCAAUAACUAUGUGUCCAAUAAAUCCAAUACCUUUCCCUCCGGAGUCAUAGGGAAGGUCCCAGCAUAUGAUCCAGAUGUGUCUGACCGCCUCUUCUACACCUUUGAACGGGGAAAUGAACUGCACUUGUUGAUUGUAAAUCAGUCGAGCGGGGAGCUGAGGCUGAGCCGUAAGCUGGACAACAACCGUCCACUCGUGGCUUCCAUGCUGGUGACUGUCACAGACGGCAUCCACAGUGUGACAGCCCAGUGCGUCCUGCGGGUGAUCAUCAUCACAGAGGACAUGCUGGCCAACAGCAUCACAGUGCGCCUGGAGAACAUGUGGCAGGAGCGCUUCCUCUCCCCGCUGCUGGCCACCUUCCUGGAAGGGGUGGCCACCGUGCUUGCGACGCCCAAGGAGGACGUCUUCAUCUUCAACAUCCAGAACGACACGGACGUGGGUGGCACAGUGCUCAACGUCAGCUUCUCGGCCCUGGCGCCGCGGGGUGGGCACUACUUCAGCUCGGAGGAGCUGCAGGAGCAGCUGUACAUGAAGCGCAUGGCGCUGACGGGAGCGUCCAUGCUGGAGGUGCUGCCCUUUGAUGAUAACGUCUGCCUGCGGGAGCCCUGCCAGAACUACAUGAAGUGUAUCUCCGUCCUCAAGUUCGACAGCUCUGCGCCCUUCAUCGCCUCCCCGUCCACUCUGUUCCGCCCCAUCCACCCCAUCACUGGCCUGAGGUGCCGCUGCCCGCAGGGCUUCACUGGUGACUACUGUGAGACGGAGAUCAACCUGUGCUAUUCCAACCCCUGCCGGCACGGAGGGACCUGCACGCGCAAGGAGGGCGGCUACACCUGUGUGUGCCGCCAGCACUUCAGUGGUGAGAACUGCGAGGUGGACAGCCGCUCGGGGCGCUGCCAGCCCGGCGUGUGCCGCAACGGGGGCACCUGCACCAAUGGCGCCGAUGGGGGCUUCCGCUGCCAGUGCCCAGCGGGCAGCUUCGAGACCCCUUUCUGCGAGCUGUCCACGCGCUCCUUCCCACCCCGCUCCUUUGUCAUGUUCCGGGGCCUACGCCAGCGCUUCCACCUCACCCUCUCCCUCUCGUUCAGCACGGUGGAGCCUGGUGGCCUCCUGCUGUACAAUGGGCGCCUGAAUGAGCGGCACGACUUCUUGGCGGUGGAGAUCAUCCAGGGGCAGGUCCAGCUGAAGUACUCCACAGGGGAGUCCAGCACAGUGGUGAGCCCGUACCUGCCUGGGGGUGUGAGCGAUGGGCAGUGGCACACGCUGCAGCUCCGCUACUACAACAAGCCCAAGGUCAGCGCACUGGGAGUGGUUCAGGGCCCCUCCAAGGACAAGGUGGCCAUCCUGACAGUGGAUGAAUGCGACGCCUCUGUGGCCCUGCAAUUUGGCAGUGAGAUUGGGAACUACUCAUGUGCUGCAGAAGGAGUGCAGACUAGCUCCAAGAAGUCCUUGGACCUCACAGGUCCCUUGCUCCUCGGAGGAGUCCCUAACCUGCCAGAAAACUUCCCUGUCUCUCACCGGGACUUUGUAGGAUGCAUGAGAGACCUGUAUAUUGACAACAAACGCAUCGACCUGGCCUCCUACAUUGCCAACAACGGAACCAUCGCAGGCUGCCACGCCAAGCACAGCUUCUGUGACUCCAGCCCCUGUAAGAACGGUGGCACCUGCUCAGUCAGCUGGGGGACCUAUUCCUGCCUUUGUCCUGUGGGCUUCGGGGGCAAGGACUGCCGCCAUGCCAUGCACCAUGCCCACUAUUUCCAGGGCAACAGUGUCCUGAGCUGGGACUUCAAGGCAGACAUGAAGAUCUCAGUGCCAUGGUAUUUGGGGCUGGCAUUUCGGACCCGCCAGAUGGACGGGGUGCUUCUGCAGGCCCACGCAGGCCAGUACACCACCCUGCUGUGCCAGCUGUCUGGAGGCCUGCUCUCCUUCAUGGUGAGCCGGGGCUCAGGGCGCAGCACCAGCCUUGUGCUGGACCAGCUGCAGCUGAACGACGGGCAAUGGCACGAUCUCCAGCUGGAGCUGCGGGAUGUCCGCAGCGGUCGGGACUCACGCUACGUCAUCACCAUCAUGCUGGAUUUUGGGCUCUACCAGGACACAGUUGUUGUUGGAAAUGAACUGCAUGGCCUGAAGGUGAAACACCUGCACGUGGGGGGAGUCCUGGGCUCUGGCGAGGUGCAGAAUGGGCUGAGGGGCUGCAUACAGGGAGUGCGACUGGGUGACAGCAUCACCGGGACUGUGCUGCCCAAGCCCAGCCAUGCCCUGCGGGUGGAGGCUGGCUGCAGCGUGCCCAGCCCUUGUGACUCCAGCCCCUGCCCAGCCAAUAGCAUCUGCAAGGAUGAGUGGCAGAGCUACUCCUGUGUCUGCCAGCCAGGGUACUAUGGAGGGGAAUGUGUGGAUGCAUGUCACCUUAACCCCUGCAAGAACAAGUCGGUGUGUCGCCGCAAGCCAGGCUCACCCCUGGGCUACGUGUGUGAGUGCGGAGGGAACUUUUUCGGGCAGUACUGCGAGCACAGGAUGGACCAGCAGUGUCCGAAGGGCUGGUGGGGGAACCCCUCCUGUGGGCCGUGCAACUGCGAUGUGAGCAAGGGCUUUGACCCUGACUGCAAUAAAACCAACGGGCAGUGCCACUGCAAGGACUUCCACUACCGCCCCAAAGGCAGCGACACCUGCCUGCCUUGUGACUGCUACCCAGUGGGUUCCUCCUCACGCUCCUGUGACAAGGAGACCGGCAGGUGCCACUGCAGGCCUGGAGUCAUUGGCCGCCAGUGCAACAGCUGUGACAGCCCCUUCGCCGAGGUGACACCCAGUGGCUGCAAGGUGCUCUACGAUGGAUGUCCCAAAAGCCUGAAAGCAGGCGUGUGGUGGCCUCAGACCAAGUUUGGCUUCUCGGCUGUGGUGCUAUGUCCCAAAGGCUCCUUGGGUUCAGCUAUCAGACACUGUGAUGAGGAGAAGGGCUGGCUGGAGCCAGAUCUCUUCAACUGUACUUCACCUGCCUUCAAGGAACUCUCCAUGCUGCUGGAGGGCUUGGAGAGGAAUGAGACUGAGCUCAACACAAUUGAAGCCAAGAAGUUGGCCCACCGCCUCCGGGCUGUGACAGACCACAUGGACCACUAUUUUGGCAAUGAUGUGCACAUCACCUACCGCCUGCUGUCCCGCCUGAUGGCCUUUGAGAGCCAGCAGCACGGCUUUGGCCUGACAGCCACGCAAGAUGCCCACUUCAAUGAGAACUUGUUGCGUGCGGGCAGCUCUGUGCUGGCGCCUGAGAACCGGGAGCACUGGGCCAUGCUGCCGCACAGCGAGCACGGCAGUGCCAGCCUGAUGGAGCAGCUGCGGGACUACUCGGGCACACUGGCCAGCAACAUGAAACUCACCUACCUCAACCCUGUUGGUGUCGUCACCCCCAACAUCAUGCUGAGCAUCGACCGCAUGGAGAACCACUCACACAUCCGCCGGCGUUACCCUCGCUACCACAGCAGCCUCUUCCGUGGCCAGCCUGCCUGGGACCCCCACACCCAUGUUGUGCUGCCGCUGUCACUGCUGAGCCCCCCAAAAGCUGAAGCUGUCCCCACAGCGGUACCCACGGUGGCUGGGGGUGAAGGAAACUACACUGUGGAGAGCUCUUCUCCAAGGCAGACACUGCCAGAGCCUGAGCCUGCUCUCACUGUCGUCAUCCUCAUCAUGUACCGCACGCUGGGGGGGCUGCUACCUGCACGCUACCAGGUGGAUCGUCGCAGUGUCAGGCUCCCCAAGAAUCCUGUGAUGAAUUCCCCCAUUGUGAGUGUGUCUGUGUUCAGCAAUCACACCUUCCUGCGGGGGCCCCUGGACACCCCUCUCGUGCUGGAAUUUCGCCUGCUGGAGACGGCCAACAGGAGCAAACCUCUCUGUGUCCAGUGGAACCACUCCAGCCCGACAAACCCAUUGGGCUUCUGGACAGCCAGGGACUGUGAUCUUGUGUACCGAAACACCACGCACGUCCACUGCCAGUGUUCCCAGUUUGGCACCUUUGGGGUUCUGAUGGACAGCUCACACCGAGAGCAACUAGAAGGUGACCUGGAGACGUUGGCAAUUGUCACCUACUCCUUGGUGUCUCUCUCCCUUGUGGCCCUGCUGCUGACUUUCUCUUUCCUGACCUGCCUCAAAGGACUGAAGUCCAACACACGUGGCAUUCAUUCCAACAUUUCAGUCACUCUCUUCUUCUCUGAGCUGCUCUUCCUCUUGGGCAUCAACCACACUGAAAAUCAGUUUCUUUGCACUGUGAUUGCCAUCCUCCUCCACUGUUUCUUCCUUUCCACCUUCGCCUGGCUCUUCGUCCAGGGCCUCCACAUCUAUCGCAUGCAGACCGAAGCCCGCAAUGUCAACUUUGGGGCCAUGCGUUUCUACUAUGCCAUCGGCUGGGGAGUGCCUGCCAUCAUCACCGGGCUGGCUGUUGGCCUGGAUCCUGAGGGCUACGGGAACCCUGACUUCUGCUGGAUUUCCGUUCAUGAUAAGCUGGUCUGGAGUUUUGCAGGCCCCAUUACUGUCGUCAUUGUGAUGAAUGGGGUGAUGUUCCUGCUUGUGGCCAAGAUGUCCUGUUCCCCAGGCCAAAAGGAGACCAAGAAGAAAUCGGUUCUCAUGACGUUACGGAGCUCCUUUGUUCUGCUUCUAGUUAUUAGCGCUACCUGGCUCUUUGGCCUCUUGGCUGUCAACAACAGUGUCCUGGCUUUCCACUACCUCUACACUGUCCUCUGCAGCCUCCAGGGUCUGGCUGUGCUGGUCCUCUUCUGUGUGCUGAACGAGGAGGUGCAAGAAGCCUGGAAGCUGGCCUGCCUUGGCAAGAAGGGACAGAGUGAGGAAGCUGCUCGGAGCACGCAGGGCCCCAAUACCUACAAUAACACAGCGCUGUUUGAGGAGAGCGGGCUCAUCCGUAUCACCCUGGGGGCUUCCACCAUCUCAUCAGUGAGCAGCGUGCGCUCUGCCCGCACCCACUCCAGCCAGCGGGGAUACCUCAGAGACAACAUGACAGCACGUCAGGGCUCAGCUCUGGAUCACAGCCUGCUGGGUCACGCUGGCCCCACAGACAUUGACGUGGCUAUGUUCCACCGUGAUGCUGGGGGAGACCAGGACUCGGACUCAGACAGCGACUUGUCUCUGGAUGAGGAACGCAGCCUCUCCAUCCCGUCAUCAGAAAGUGAGGAGAAUGUACGCCUGCGGGGCCGCUUCCCGCGCCAAUUCAAGCGUGCAGCACACAGUGAGCGCCUCCUCACCAACCCCACGAACACUGCUCCCAAAGAUGUGGAUGGCAACGACCUCAUGUCGUACUGGCCGGCUUUGGGCGAGUGUGAGGUUCACCCCUGCUCCCUACAGAAGUGGGGCUCUGAGCGGAAACUGGGGUUUGACAUCAACAAGGACGCAGCCAACAACAAUCAGCCAGACCUGGCCUUGACCAGUGGGGAUGAGAACUCCCUCACCCAGACACAACGGCAGAGAAAAGGGAUUUUGAAGAACCGCCUCCAGUACCCUCCAGCUCUGCAGGGCUUGCCGUCUGUCGGCAGGAUGACCAACGAGCUGUCCUGGUACAAAACCUCCACACUGGGUCACAGGGCUGUCCCUGCUGCCUCCUAUGGCAGGAUCUACUCUGGGGCUGGCAGCCUGUCGCAGCCAGCCAGCCGGUACUCAUCUCGGGAACAGCUCGACAUGCUGAUGAGGAGACAGAUGUCCCGGGAGCAGCUGAGCAGGAACAACUCAGGAGAGUGUUUGGAAACGGUGCCCAGCCGGCAUGGGUCCAGGGAGGAGCUGGACACUAUCCCCAGCAGGCACGGGUCUACCGAACACCUAGAAAAUCUCCCCAGCAGACAUGGGUCGAGGGAAAACUUGGAUCUACUUGCUCCUAGGGCCAGUCAAAGAGAUCAUGGGAACACGCUGCCCCGGAGGCAGGGCUCCAGAGACCACCUUGAAACUUUACCCUGCAGAUUUGGGUCAAGAGAGCAGCUAGACUGUGGGCUGGUAAGAGAGGUCUCAAGAGAGUGGCUACAUACAUUGCCAAGUAGGCAAGGGUCCAGAGACCGCAUAGACAGAUUACCAAGUCGAGAUACUUCUCGAGAACAAUUGGAUUUGCUUUCUAGAAGACAACCUUCAAGGGACCAGCUAGCAUCAUCUAGACAAACUUCAAGAGAGCAGCUGGACUUUCUCUCCAGAAAAUCAAAUUCCAGAGAGCCUCUGGGUACAGUGCCUAGCAGGCAGCCCUCGCAGGAGAAUCUGGGGAGUCUCACUAGGAGACAGCUCUCUAGGGAAAGCCUGGAACCGCUCUCUAGGAGGCAGCCUUCUAGAGAGAACCUGGAGGCAAUCCCCAGCAGACAUCCUUCCACUGAACAGUUAGAUAUCCUAUCUUCCAUCCUUGCUUCUUUUAACACCUCUGUCCUGUCCUCGGUGCAAUCCUCCAGCACGCCUUCAGGCCCUCAGACCACUGCCAACCCUUCUGCCAUGCAGACCUUGACACCCCCUGGAAUGUGCCCCUCAACGCCUCACUCCAGCACCUCUCACAGCAUUUCGGAGCUGUCGCCAGACUCAGAAAUAAUGAGAAACGAAGGCCAUUCCUGAGGGGCUGAAGACAUCCAGAAGAGAGAUAGAAGAGGCAGGGCUGUUCGCCUAGCCAGACACUACCAGCCAAGGUUUGGCAUCCCCAGGGGCAGGGGCAGAACUGAUGGUGGUCAGAGGCCCAAAGACCAACUCUGCCUUCCCUGCCUUCCGGGCUGAGGGGCCGGCACCCAACCACCCACCUCCAGAGCCUCCAGGCUCUCUGCUGCUCUGCUCCCUUUGCCUGCCUGGUGUGAGAGGUAUAGCAGGAGCCUGCUCAGGGGAGAGUUGUGUUGAGACCCCUGGGGCUGAACUCUUCCUUUGCAACCCAUUUCUAUGUGGGAUGUGUGUGCGUGCGCACGUGUGUGUGUGUGUGUGUGUGUGGAGCAGGGGCAGGGGGACAGAAAUGGAGCCCAGGACAUAGGGGUGGAGGAGGGUUUUCUACCUUUUUGUAUCUUUGUAAUCAGAGAGAAGAGAAAUUUCUAUGGUUAUUUUUGCGGGUGGUCUGUUCCCAGGACCUGGGGCAUCUGUCUGCCAACGGCCCUUCUCUGGCUUCCCUCAGGUGCUAGGGACUAGAGGACUGUAGGGACAGUGCUAAGCAGACCUCAUGGCUUUGCCAGCUUCACUCAGUCCCCCCCCUGAGGCAGGCAGCGAGUGCCCAUCCAGGCCCUCUGCUCCUUGCCCUACAGUUCCCCAGGUGUCUCAGCAGGGUUCUCCUGCUGUCCUGCAUCCCUCAGUGCCCUGCAGCUGUGCUGGCCCUGCAGCCCAGCUUCCCUCAGCCCUCUCUGGUGUGGGGCUGCCCCUGUCUAUGAUCUGGGGCAAGAACGAGGGCUUCAGGCACAGAGCUGGGUGGCCCUGGCACUGCUUGUGCAGCUCAAAGGUAGGUUAGGCUGUUUUGGUGCCCAGCAGCCAAUGAACAUCUGCAGGAACUGUCUGGUCUUUUGGUCUGGCAUCGCCUGCAGAAGUUGUUUCUAGCUGGUUCCUUGCAGACUCUGUGCAUGCAGGCCCUGCCAGCAGAGAACCCCUGCUCCAGGCAGCCUGGAUUUCAGGAGACAGAGACAAAUGGCACUUUGCCCUUUGGAGAUUCAGGCUGCUCUGCAUGUUUCUCUGCUAAGCCAGGGCCCCCACCAUCCCCUCACCAGCUGGCUCUCCUUUGUGCCUACACUUGGAGCAGGGCCCCUGGCUUGGGGGGCUGACACAACACACUCCCCUUGGCCCACCCAGAGAGGCCAUGCCCUUGCUCAGCUGUCCCUGGGUGCCACCAGGGCCGUGGUGCUCACUGCCUUACUGCCACCCCACUGCCAUGCCUCGCGGCCUGGGAUGUUUACACGGGAGGAUUUGUGCUGCUGUCCUCCAGGGCUCUGCCUGGGCAGGCCAAGGUCUCGGGCUGGGGAAGGCCUUGGGCCUGCUCCCGGCACGGAGCUGAGCAGCUCCACAGGCCCGUCUCCCUGCUGACAUGUUUACACACCCCACGGGACCGCUCGUUUACACGUUUCUCUCCAGCUUGGGCAAGGGGACCGCAGCCCACUAGUGCCAAAUGGAGAGCAAGAGACAAGUGCCAAAAAAUAAAUAAGACACGGUGGAGCUGAUGGCAUCGGGGCGGCAGUGCUUGUGGUAUGGGGCCAGGCAGGGAGCAGGGCAGCCUGCAGGGCUGUGGCUCAGUCCCAAUGUGGUGCUGUUGCCUGGGCUCUGGGAGCACCCUCCUUGGGUUUGGGUUUGUUCCUUUGGGGGUUUUGGUUGUUGUUUUGGGUCUUUUUGUUCUGUCUCCAUAUCCCAAUCCUGUGGGCAGGGAGACGCCCAUGCUCCCUCCCUGGCUGUGUAAAAGUGUAUCAUGGAAGCGCCAGAUUUGGAAAUAAAAGUCUAUAAAAUGGCACUGGGCUCUGUUUUCUCUCCUUGCACCCAUGACGUGGUGGAGCUUACCACCAUCCCUUGGGCUGGAGGAGGUCUCCAGUCCUCGGUGAGGGGCUUCAUGGAAUGGAGUCAGCUGCUGCAGUGCCCUUGGCUCUGGGCUGUAAGGGAAUGGCAGUGGCCAGCAUUUGUGUCCAGCAGCCUGGGUGAGGCCACAGGGAAGUAGAGCAGGCAUCGAACAUGAUCACGUUUCCUCCUUCCCUCCCUUACUUACUGAUGGAGGGAAAAGAGCACGUGAGCAAAGGGCAGUAUUGACCCACAGCACUCAGAGCAAGGGUUGCUGUCAACCAGCACUCUCCCUCCCCUGCGUUCUCUUUAUCUGGAUGGAGGCUGGGGCUGAGUCUGAGCCCCAGGCGCUGCCAUUGUUCCCAUUCCAUGGGUGGUGCAUGCUGGCAGCCCCUAGGUCCUGCCGUGCUAAUGGACCUGAGGACCUGGCUGGCAAGGAAGGGCUGCUGGGAACACUUGGGUGGCAGGGCGAUGGUCAGGUGGCCCAGUGGCCGUGGGCUGGGCGUGCCAGUGUCAGAUAGGGGCCAGCAGCUGGAGUAAUAAGCAGGCAGUAAAUGGUAUCUGGUGCUAUCAGUUGCUACUAGAUGAGACCUGUGACAGCCUCCUAUUUAGUGCCAGGUGAGCAGAUAAUCAGUGGGGAGACAACAAGUGAGCAGGCACUGAGAGCUACUGUUAGGAUGCUUCAGAGAUUAAGGGGUGUGUAUUUGGUGCUGUUGCUGCUGAAAGCUGGAUGAGCAGUCUGCAUGCAGUGGCCAUGGUGAUGGGUCAUGCUGAAUGUGUGAUUGCCAUGGGCUGAUUCCCUGGCUGUGGAAUGGGAUGGGAACAGGCUGCUUUGACCCUGGAGAUUGUGGUCCUGUCCCACCAUGAAGAGCUACUGGGACUCCCCAGCUCCUGCUGUGCCCUGCCCGCUUGCUUCACUCUGCAUGGGGUCAGGGCCAGUUAGCCCAAUCCAUGGCUGGCUGCAUUUCUACUGUGCAUCUGGGCCAGGCACAGUUUGGAAGCAGUCCAGAAAUAACGGCAAUAGCAGAUAGUAUUGGAGCACAGGAAGGUGUGAAAGAGUUCGAUGGUGCCCGACGGGGAACUUUGGAACAAGAUAAUGGCCAGGUCUAUGCAUGCUGGGGAAAAGUGGGGCAGUCCACAGGGCACAGCACACCCAUUUCCAGCAGGUAAGCAGGGGC